CAACCUCCAGACACACGCCGCGCUGGUCACCCCUGGUAAAGUAUAAUAAUAAUUACAGAUGCAAUACAGUGUAAGUAAUUCGCGGUAUAUUGGUAUUUGCAUAAAUCCAAUUUCACGUGUGACCGAACACAUAAUAAUAGGUAAUAGUAAGGGCGAGAGUGCUAGUGUUAGUGUGACUGUCGAGAGUGUAUACGAAGGGACGACGCUCGCGAAAAAUGGUCCAGCUCAGUACGGUCAACAGGAUCAUCAAGGCUUACUCGUUGGUCGGCUUUUGCGUGGCUGCAUACGCACUGUAUGUUGAAAUCUCACUGGAAAACUAUCCGGAUUUUAAGCCACUGUGUGACCUCAGAGAAUACAUCAAAUGUUCUCCAGCGUUUAUUUCACCAUACGCCAAAGGUUUUGGGAUCGUCAGAUAUAUAUUUGGUGAAGAUUCAGCUUUCAACGUCCCCAAUGGACUCACGGGAAUGUUAUUUUACACCCUGUCAUUCGUGUUGAGUUGUUCGAACAGUGAUAAACUUGUAAACAUCCACUACUACCUGACGAUCGCGUCCAACGUGUCCACAUUUUAUUUGGCUUUCGUGUUGGUGUUCGUCGUUCAAGAACUGUGUUUGGUUUGCCUGACCACAUACUUCAUAAAUGCUAUAAGCCUGCUGUGUGUAUCGUCCAAACGGCGGGAAUUAUUGUCGCUAUCUGUGCACCAUAAACCCUGCAAAGGCGAUUAAAACAUAAUAUAUUUAUAAAAUAGCGAUACACCUGCAGGCAUAAAAUGUAAUGUCGCAGCGUAUAUAAUAAAGUAUA